AUGACAUCAAUUAAAAAAACUUUUCAUAUUCCACCAUCAUAUACAUUCACAGCUGGAUGUUCGAAUCCAGCUACAGUCAGAUCUAUAGCUCCAUUUGUUUCAUCUUGUUCGUCAUCAUUAAAUUACGUCGGAGGUUUACGACCUUAUUAUGAACAACGUAAAUUUCUAUCAAAAGCAAAUACAUCAGGCCUUUCUUCUUCUUCUUCUAUUACUUCUCUUUCGAAUGUCGAUAUUCAUACUACAGACGAUGAUAAAUAUGUAACACCACCGUCUUCAACGGAUAGUAGUGAUCAGUCUUCUAGUAUAAAUCCAUUUGAAUUAUUAGCCAAAGAACAAAGUUUACGAUCAUUAACUCAGGCAAAAUUAUCCUCAAAAUCUUCUCAUGAUCAUCGAUCUGGAAUAAAUAAAUCAAAAAAUACUAAAAUAUCAGAUUCUAGUAAAAAUACACUCUCUACAAUUACUAAUGGAACAGUUUUCUCAACACCAAAUGACGAAAAUACAGCUGUUAAAGGACAACAUCGAUUAGCUAAUGAAAUUGAACAUAUUGUUCAAGAACAUUUGAAAUAUGUUCAUGAAGAUGUCAAUCACGGAUGGGAUCUGAUACAUCAAGAUGGUGAAAUGAAAGUCUAUCGACGUGAAGUUGAAGAGAAUGGAAUAGUUAUUGAUCCAAUGAAAAUGUUUCAUACAAUUAAAGGUGUUACGGGUCAUGAAAUGUGUCGAUAUUUUUAUGAAUAUCAAUAUCGUAUGGAAUGGGAAACAACACUUGAUUCAACAAAAAUCAUUGAAGUAUUAGAUUCUGAUACAGUCAUCUUUCAUCAAAUGCACAAACGUGUAUGGCCAUCAGCUCAACGUGAUAAUUGUUUCUGGUCUCAUAUUCGUUGUAUAGCAAAAUCUGAAGAAGAUCAACCAAUAUGGCUUGUUGUUAAUCAUACAAUUCCACAUCCUCUUGCACCUAUAAAACCACCUCAAGUUCGUCUUGUUGCAAAUGUUGCUUUGAUAUGUGAAACAGUCAUUAAUGAACCACCAUUAAAUCCAAAAGAUAUUAAACGAGAAAAUAUUCAAUGUAGACUUACAUAUGUCGCUUUUGUCAAUCCUGGUGGAUGGGUACCUGGUGCAGCAUUACGCAGUGUGGCAAAACGUGAAUAUCCUCGUUUUCUAAAACAUUUCUCAAAUUAUGUUAUUGAGCAAACACGUGACAAGCCUAUUCUAUUUUGA